GAACGAACUGGACGUGGUAGAAAGCAAGGUGGAGGACCACGAGCGCAGGAUCAGCCACUGGGAUGCCGAGGGCAACUUCACCAUGAGCGGGUGGGCGAGAGUCCUCGUGCGAGAGAUAGACAACAGGGUGGCGCCCCUCCGCCUCGCCCUCGACCGCCUCAACGACACGACCGCCUCCCUCGGGAACGCGACGACGAAGACGAAGGAGGACAUACAAAAAAUGGAACAGGAGAGAGAAGAAGACCGGGAGUAUGUCAGAAUCCUGGAGGAGGCGCUGGAGGGAACGUCGGUCGAAAUGGAACGAUUGGGCACCGACCUGGACCAGCGGGUCAUGGACCUCCUCCUCCCGAUGAACGACACCAUCUUGCUCGUCGGGCAUGCUGUCUGGAGGCUGCAGAACACCACGGAGGACAUCAGGGAUAAGCUCACGGAGCGUUUGGAAGUAGUGGAGAAAAGCGUCAAAUACAAGGGAUCUACAAGCAGUGCAAAAACGAGUCACUUCCAAGGGCAACUCAACACCCUGCGCGACGCCACCAGGGUCAUGGCGGCCAACAUCACGUCCCUCGAGAGCCAGCUGGAGUCCGUGCGAGACUCCGAGGCCCAACUCAGGAAGGACGUCCAGGCACUCCAGCAGCAGUCAGGGCAGGUGGACCUUGACCUGAGCGCCCUGGAGGCUAAAGUAGGCAGCACAGCCAACCUGACGGCGAGGGUGAAGAACCUGGAGAAGAGGAUGGCGAGGCGCGAUGCUACGUUCACCACAGGCAACAAGCUCCUGUCGUCACUCACCACCGGGGGGUCCAUGCUGAACGCCCCGGGCGGGAAGGCUCCAGUGACCUUCCUCAAGAACCCAGGUCAGAUUGGUUUCCCGAUGGGCUCUGGUCCUUCGAGUCCUGCAGGUGUGGCUCCUUCGCACAUGACUCCUCCGAGCGGCGCUCUCUCAGCCUCCACAAGUCUGGCUGGCGCUGGCUGGCCUGCGUCCGCGAACUCGGUCAUUGCUGGAACAAAUAAGAACUUAAUGCCAGUUACUAAUUCGGGAGCGAGUGGUGGCCACAUUACACCUAACCCGCCGAGAACCACUGUUAGUCCAGGACUAGUUGGCAACACGGGGGCAGCUAGUAGUCCGGGAACAACCGGUGGUCUAGGAACAACCGUAAACGCAAUUGUAACUAGCACUCCAAGGCCAGCUGGUAACGCAAGUGUAACAGGCAUCUCAGGAACCACUGUUAACCCAGGGACGGCUGGUAAUACAAAUGUAACUAGCAUCCCGGGGGUAGCUAGCAGCCCAGGAACAGCUGUUGUCCCACGAACCGCUGGUAACACAAGUAUAACUAGCACCCCAGCACCAACUAGUAACCCUGGAGCAACUGGAAAUACAAGUGUUACUAGUACCCUAGGGGCAUCUGGUAGCACAAGUACAGCUAGUACCACAGGUGGAACUAGUAGCCCAGGAGCAGCUAGUAACCCCGGAGCAACUGGAAAUACAAGUGUUACUAGUACCCCAGGGGCAUCUGGUAGCACAAGUACAGCUAGUACCACAGGUGGAACUAGUAGCCCAGGAGCAGCUAGUAACCCCGGAGCAACUGGUAAACCGGGGGCAUCUGGUAGUCCAGGAACACCUGGCAACCCAGGAGCGGUCGGUAACACAAGUGUAGCUAGUAAUCCAGUAGCAGCUGCUAACCCAGGCGCAGCCAGGGGGCUUGGGGCAUCUGGCAACUCAGGAAGUGCUGGUAAGCCAGGAGCAUUUGGUAACAAUGGAAUAGGAGGCAGUAGGGGAGCAGCUGGUGCCAGGGCAAGGGGCAUGUCAGCUGGCAGAUCGGUUGGCCCAUAAAAUCAGCUGCUCUUUGAAUUGUUUUUCUUUGAUUUUUUUUAUGAUCAUGGAAUUUAUUUGAUGUUAAUUUUAUCCUGAAUAUUUCUUUUCUUUUUUUAAUAUUCAUGAUUUUUUUUUUACCUGUUUGACAUUUGUGAACAUUUCUUAACAUCCAUGGACAUUUUCUUUAAGUAACAAACAUUUCUUGUCUUGUUGAUAUUCAUAAACAUUUCUUGUAUUUUUAACACUUCUAAACGUUUUUUUACCUUUAUAUACAUCUAUAACUUUCACUGACACACCUGCUUUCUUCUCAAUAUCCGUGAACAUUUUCUAACAUUUAUGAGCUUGUAUUGUUAAGGUAUAAACAUCUAUUCUUUCUAAACAUUCCCAAAUGUUACCUUUUUUCUAAUUAUAUUAACUUUGAUUUUAAUAACUGCAAUAAUAACAUAUGUGAACUUUUAUUGAGUUUUCAACUUUCAUUAACGGAUAUUGUUUUUUCUUUACUUUUGUUUUUUGCCUUCCAUAGCUAUAUUUUUUGGCGUUUCUUUUCAUUGAAGCAUAUGACAUCUUCUAAACAUACAUCUUAUUGUUAUUUUUAAGAAUUUUCACGUAAUAUCCCUUUUCAGCAAAGCCAAGCCAUAAGCCUUCAUGCUCUGCCAAGCUAUUAUUUACCCAGAAGAGAUGUCACACCUUAGAUAAAAGUGAUUUCCCAAAUAUAUAUUAACUGCUUUGCGAUGUCGCUUCGAACAUCGUUGUUUGAGUUUCUGUCCAUGGAUAGCUUUAAUCUCCUUGUUUAAAUCCCUCGCUGUUUUAGGCCUCGCGAGGAUUACUCUGCUGAUUCGCUCUUGAGGCCUGUCGAAAUACUAUUUGUAUAUGAAUUCUUACUGCAUAGUGUCUUUAGAUAUUUAAGCGAAAUUAAGAUGUUUAGAUGUUAUGAGGCCAAAUUCAUACACACUCACUUGCACACACACACACACACACACACACACACACAC